AGGGCUCUUACUUUCUUGCGCGGGCUUCCGGGGGGGCACCUAGAGGGCGCUGGACGAGAUGGACUUUCUUGUGACCUGAUCCAGCAGUCAGGUGACAGGUCGGGCCCCCUCCUCUAAGCAAAAGCCUCUUUGCCAAGCGACGCGUGCAGCGCAUAAGUGAACCGACCCUUUGUGGGAAGCAGAGCCUUCGUUCGCUUCCUUUUUCAUUUCUGCGCAGACUGAGCCUCACCGGUCCAGUGUUGAGUUUUAGGGAGAAAAGCGCGAUGGGAAUCGAGUCGGGUGCUCUCUCGCAGCUCCUCCUCUGGCCAGCAGGGGGCGCGCGCAGGAAAAGAAAAGUGGCAAUGCGAAGAAGUAAACUUCCGAAGGCUAGAGAAGUUGUUGCCUUGGGAGCGUCCUGGCAGGGCGCUAGUCUUCGUGGUGUUGAAAGCCCCACGCAGGGAAGGAGCGGGUGGCUCCUCUUUUACCCCGCGAGCAGCUUUUCCUUAGGCCGUUGCCAUGGGAGGGUAUCUGUUUUCCUGCCCCCGAUAUCAGAAGAAAGUCCGCUACUUUUGCUAUGGAGCUGCCAGGAUGCGCCGAGAGCCGUGGUUAACCCCUUUUCCGCCGGGCCCUGCGGAGGCGGAGCCUCUUCUCUGCAGCUGAGGAGUUUUCUGGGGGGCGUGGAGGGGUUAAAGGGGGCGGGUCGAAGGCGCUCCCAGCUGGCUCCCCGGCUGUCCCCGCCUCACCCCGGCAGCUGUCUGGCUGGGGGAACCAGAGGGGGCUCUAUUCCUGCCAGUGCCUACGUGUGGUGAAAAAACCGUGUUGCAAGUUUUGUGGUGCUGCGGAAUCCGGAACAGGAUCCGGAUCAAGGAGGAGAGCCAUGCGGAGCAGGAGCAACUCCGGAGUGCGGCUGGACGGCUACGCCCGCCUGGUGCAGCAGACCAUCCUCAGGCACCAGAUUAGAAUAAAGAUUUCUGCAAAGCAGAGGACCCAAGCUUCUCUGCCAAGUCACUAGGUCCAUCAGCUGUUCUGGAUCAAAUGUAACAUAUAAGGAGAACCCGGUCACAGGGCUGCUUCCAGCCAGCUGCGACCACAGAGAUGCUUGGGUCCGGGAUAACGUCUACAGCAUCUUGGCGGUUUGGGGGCUGGGCCUGGCCUAUCGCAAGAAUGCAGACCGGGACGAGGACAAGGCGAAGGCCUACGAACUGGAGCAGAGCGUGGUGAAGCUGAUGCGGGGCCUGCUGCAGUGCAUGGUGAGGCAGGUGGACAAAGUAGAAGCCUUCAAGUACAGCCAGAGCACCAAGGACUGCCUCCACGCCAAGUACAACACCAGCACGUGUGCCACAGUGGUAGGAGACGACCAGUGGGGCCACCUGCAACUGGACGCCACCUCCCUGUACCUGCUCAUGCUGGCUCAGAUGACGGCCUCAGGGCUUCACAUCAUCCACAGCCUGGAUGAAGUCAAUUUCAUCCAGAACCUCGUCUUCUACAUUGAAGCGGCUUACAAGACGGCUGACUUUGGGAUCUGGGAGCGUGGAGACAAGACCAACCAAGGGAUCACGGAGCUGAAUGCCAGCUCUGUGGGCAUAGCAAAGGCGGCCCUCGAGGCCUUAGAUGAGCUGGACCUCUUUGGGGCCAAGGGGGGCCCCCAGUCAGUGAUCCAUGUGCUGUCGGACGAGGUGCAGCAUUGCCAGUCCAUUCUCCAUUCUAUGCUGCCGAGGGCUUCAAAUUCCAAAGAGGUCGACGCCAGCCUCCUCUCAGUCAUCUCUUACCCAGCUUUUGCCGUAGAAGACAAUGAGGUGGUGGAGAAAACCAAGCAAGAGAUCGUCACCAAGUUGCAGGGCCGUUACGGUUGCUGCCGCUUCCUCCGGGAUGGCUACAGAACCCCCAGGGAGGACCCCAACCGUCUCUACUAUGAGCCUGCGGAGCUGAAGCUCUUUGAAAACAUUGAGUGUGAGUGGCCUCUUUUCUGGACCUACUUCAUCAUUGACGGCAUCUUCAGUGGCAACCUUGAGCAGGUCCAGGAGUACCGAGAGGCCCUGGAUGGCAUCCUCAUCAAGGGGAAGAACGGGCUCCGGCUGCUGCCAGAGCUGUACAGCGUCCCUCUGGAGAAGGUGGAGGAGGAAUACCGCAACCCUCAUACCGUUGAUCGGGUGCCACUGGGCAAACUGCCGCUGAUGUGGGGUCAGUCUCUCUACAUCCUGGGCUGCCUCAUGGCAGAGGGCUUUCUGGCUCCAGGGGAGAUUGACCCUUUGAACCGUAGGUUUUCAACCACCCCCAAGCCAGAUGUGGUGGUGCAAGUGUGCAUCCUAGCCGAAACAGACGCCAUUAAGAUCAUCUUGCGGAAGGAAGGCAUCGAGGUGGAGACGGUGGCGGAUGUCUACCCCAUCCGAGUGCAGCCAGCGAGAAUUCUCAGCCACAUCUAUGCCCGCCUGGGCCGCAACAAACGCAUGAACCUGAGCGGGCGACCCUUCCGGCACAUGGGUGUCUUGGGGACCUCCAAGUUCUACGACAUCCGGAACAACAUCUUUGCCUUCACGCCACAGUUCAUAGACCAACAGCAGUUCUACCUGGCCCUUGACAACAAGAUGAUUGUGGAGAUGCUCCGGACGGACCUUUCCUACCUGUGCAGCCGCUGGAGGAUGACGGGGCGCCCAACGAUCACCUUCCCUGUCUCGUAUACUAUGCUUGAUGAAACUGGCACCAGCAUCCAUCCAGCUGUCUUGGCCACAUUGCGGAAGCUGCAGGACGGGUAUUUUGGAGGGGCAAGGAUCCAGACGGGUAGGUUGUCUGACUUUCUCACGACUUCGUGUCGCACACACCUCAGCUUCAUGGACCCCGGGCCGGAGGGUAAGCUCUAUGCUGAUGACUAUGGGCUCAGCCUUGAAAGCUUCAGUGAGCUAGACCCUGAGGACUGGCUGCAUGGCUUUCAGUUGGCAGAAGAUGCUGACAUCUGUGACGAAGUUGCCCAGUACUUGGACCACCUUCUGCAGAAGACGGCUCCCAAGGAAAACCUCCCGCCGACCGCGCAGAAGGGGCUGCAUCGCUUCCGUGCAGCAGUGCACACCACCAAGGACCUCGUGUCUCUGGCCACCAAGGCCAAAGAGCUACAUGUGGAAAAUGUCAAUAUGUACAUCCCGUCCAACCUCUUCCAGGAGUCGCAGCCGUCUGUUCACCUGCUGGGCUCAUCGCAUAAACAGGACGCCAGGCAGCCCUUCAUCCCGGCCAAGCUGAACCUUCCCAAGGAGGCCGACGGGAGUGUUGACUGCAAGGCUUUGGUGGCCCAGCUCCGGGAGUGUCCAACCCUGCAAGACCAGGCCAACCACCUCUACGUGCUCCACACCCUCAAGGGGCCCGACUGGGACACGGAGAUCUAUGGGGAAACAGGGGCCACAGUCAACAAUCUCCUCAUGGAGCUCUAUGGCAAAGUUGGGGCAACCCGCCAGUGGGGCCUGAUCCGCUUCAUCUCUGGGAUCCUGAAAAAGAAGGUGGAAGCUCUCGACGAGGCCUGCACUGACCUGCUGUCGCACCAGAAGCACCUGACGGUAGGGCUCCCCCCAGAGCCUCGCGAAAAGACCAUCUCGGCUCCGCUGCCAUAUGAGAAGCUCACAUGCCUGAUUGAUGAAGCCAGUGAGAAGAAUAUGAGCAUCUCCAUCCUGACCCAGGAGAUCAUGGUUUACCUGGCCAUGUACAUCCGGACGCAGCCUGCCCUCUUUGCAGAGAUGUUCCGCCUUCGCAUUGGGCUCAUCAUCCAGGUGAUGGCGACGGAGCUGGCCCACUCACUGUCCUGCUCAGCUGAGGAAGCUACUGAGAGCUUGAUGAAUCUCAGCCCUUCAGAUGUGAAGAGUCUUCUGCAUCACAUUCUCAGUGGCAAAGAGUUUGGCGUGGAGAGAAGCGUGCGCUCUGUGGAUCCAACGCUGACCCCAGCAGUCUCCAUCCGUGCAGUCGGUCCUGCUGGAGCCACUAAAACGGAGCGUGCUGGGAUUGUCCGGCUCAAGAGUGAGAUCAAGCAGCAACUGGAUAGACGUAGGCAGUCUGUGUCUGAGAUUAAGUCUGGUGGUCUUCACUCCUUGGAGACCAGCAUGGAACCUUCCCAGUUGCCCAGAGACUCAGCAGCUCUGGCUGGCCCACUGGAGGACCACCCCUCCAAGGAUGGGCGCCAAGGUCAGUGGCAGCGGAGAAGGCGGCUGGAUGGGGCCCUCAACAGAGUCCCUGUGGGAUUCUACCAAAAGGUCUGGAAGAUCCUGCAGAAGUGCCAUGGACUCUCUGUUGAUGGUUUUGUGCUUCCUUAUACUACAACCAGAGAGAUGACUCCAGGAGAGCUCAAGUUUGCAGUCCAUGUUGACUCUGUCCUCAACAGAGUCCCUCAGCCAGAGUACCGGCAGCUCUUUGUAGAGGCCAUCUUGGUCCUGACUUUACUGGCGGAUGUGGAGGUUCAGAGCAUCGGCGGGAUUAUUGCCGUGGAGAAGAUCGUCCACAUUGCAAAUGGCUUGUUCUACGACGAACAGAAAGCCCUGGGUGCCGACGACCACAUGCUGGAGAAAGAUCCCACCACGGGGAUCUGCACUCUACUCUAUGACAGCGCCCCCAGUGGCAGGUUCGGCACCAUGACCUAUCUCUCUAAAGCCGUGGCCACCUACGUGCAGGAGUUCCUCCCCAGUGGUGGCUGCAGCAUGCAAUGAGCCCUUCUGGGUUUCUCUACGCAAGUUUGCAGAACGAGCUUGGGAUUCAAGGCCAGCCUUUAAGCUACUUUUGUUGUCGGCGGGCUGCACCCGGAUCAUUGAACAAACCCACCCAGUUUGGGGGAUUUGACACCCCUUGGCAAAGCAUCCUGGAAAUGAGCCUUGUGCUGCAGUAGCUGUUCUGGCAGGAGGAAGGAGGCGCUUCCAGCGUUGCAAAACAGCAAGGAGCUUGGUCUGCUCUUGGAGGAGGAGUGCUGCAGACCCAGAAUCUCCUUCACUCCCAGAGGAGGGUCUGUGCUUCUCAGGCAGAGGGUCCUGGGAACUGAUCCCCUCUGCCUCUGAUGGGGACAGCCACCUGCAUGCUGUUUUGGAGACUUCAUGCUUCGUGAGCAUCCGAAGGGCAAAAAGAUUUCCUGCACUCUGAGUGCCUGCUUUCAUGGGAGGCUCCUUCUUGCAUGCAGCUACAGCAUUUGUUCCUGGGUGGGCUUUUCCUCUCUCUCGUGUAUUAUGGGGGUGGGGGGUUACCUAUUGCCUGUGUGACUUGAAUGAGCCUGAUCUGCUGCUAGAUACCAAGGUCUCCCUAUUGACACAGCCUCCUGAGUGCCUUAAAGCAGCACAACCAGCCUCACGGGUACUUUCUCUCCCUCGCUCUGGUGCAAAGAGCUGAUGCCCAAACCACUGGAAGGCAGGCUUGCAGCUCUGUCUGUUCUGGUGCCAACCUGGACUAGACGGAGGGGGCUGCAAACCUCAUAUCUCAGAUGUUCGUUUAGAAAAUAAAAUUGGGUCUUUUUUCAAGGCAGCGGCUCGCAGAAUGAACGCCUGCCAGGCACACUACACCGAUGAGCUCUGCUUGGUGGGAAUGUGUCCUAGGUUUCUUCUCAGGUUGUUAGAUUGUCUUCCCGAGUCUACCAAGAGACUGAAAAGACCGUUCUACUAAGAUGCUUGGAACAGGCACUUCACUCCUGUCACCCGUCAUGGCUUGCAGAAGAGAGCUGGUGAAUAUGAACACACCACUGAGCACCUGCCUUGAACGAAAAGCCACUCCAAAGAGGAGGAUUGAUGGUUUGUCCUGGGGAGGAGGCAGGAGCUGCCUGGCUGUAGGAAAGUGCUUGGCCAUUGGCUGGCGGCUCCUCUUGGGUAGCUAGGCUUCAGAUGCCAACCACUACCUUUGUGUGGUUGAUGUGAAAGUCCUCCUUUCCAAAAGCUUAAAAUGUCACAAUGAUCCUCCAGGAUGAAAAGGCCACUGCAGGCAGAGAAGCUUCAUAUGAGUCCCACUGAAGCUUUGGACGUCCUGGUGAGUGUGGCAAGUUUCAACUUGGGGAAUGUUUUUGAAUCUAGCUCCACUCCUUGAAGAAGCAGCUUUGGUCCCAUGCGGUGAGGGAGCUAGACUCCUAAAAGCUGGCCGUGCCGUCCAUGCCCAGCUUCUGGCUGGCAAAGUGGUCCCUCUUUUGUGUGUGUGUGUGUGUGUGUGUGUGUGUGUGUGUGUGUGUGUGUGUGUGUGGUAACAGGGCUGUGGCUGGAUAGCUGUGCUGUGCUUGCUUGCUUUUUUUUCCCCAUCUCAAGUGCCAAAUAUGUUUCUGACAUGCCACUGAAUCUUAAACAGGAGUGCAAAAAUGGAACAAGUCUUAUGGGAACUGUGUUGUGUCCGCAUCUUUUGGGUAUGGUUACUGCCAUGCACUUUUGCAAUAGUUUACUGACUUAAUCAAUUGCACUUUUAUGAUCAAUGAGGGUUCUUGAACCGUGCAACAUUUCAAAACUCCACUCUUGGUUGUUGGUUUUUGUUUGUGUGUGUGUGGGGGGGGGGGUGCUAAACGGCUAGCCACAGUUGGCUUUGGCCCAAUAAAAUAAUAAAGGGUACCUUACAGAAUUUUUAAUGUUUUGAAGAGUGAAAGCCAGAAUAAAAGGUCUCCAGCUCAUGA